CAAAGCAAUAUAUCAGAAAAUAUUGGAAAAAAUCAUGAAGAAGUUUGUUACAACUUUAUUCCUGCUUAUUCAGUUCAACAAAGCUCAAGGACUUCAUGUGGUUGAAGACAAGAGUAGCCUGGACAAUAUCUUAAACUUGGUCAAUCGUCUAGAACUGCUAGAGAAGCGUACUGUUGCGUUGGAGGCUAAAGUAGAGUUCUUAGAAGAAGAACUUAACAAGAUUGAGAUCUCUGCUUUUCUUGAGGAAGAGAUAAUCAAUGAUGAUGAAAUUAUUUCCAUACUAGAAGAUUCAACUGCAGACAAAAACCAGAGUGAAUCUGUGGAACGAUCUGAUAAAAGUCUUCAGUUUACUCUCCCAUGGGAACAGCCUCCCAUAUACAGGUCCUCCUCCUGCACCUGCAACCAGGAGAUUCAACAUCUUGAAGAUCUUGUUGUCAGAUCUUUAAAGGCUGAGUCUAUGAGCUCCAGACAGGAGCCCAAUGGUGAAAUUUAUGAAACCUCUGCUGCUGCUCAGUUGCAAUAUGAGAAGAUAUUUUCAAACCUAACCAAAUUGAACUCGAAAAUUCUCAACAGCCUAAAGAUUGCAAGGUCAAAAACCAGUAAAGAUAAAAGUGGUCAGAUCUUGGGCAAGGCAAAGAAGGUGAACCAACUAGUUAAGGAACUGGUCACCACCAACAUCACAGUGUUGGAGUCUGCUGUUGAGUUCCUCAGGUUGACCACUACAUCUGCUCUACUAAACAUAGAUGCUUGUAUGAAAGAUCCUACUUCUGCUACCUGUACUGUAGCUUAUGGGGAUCCUUUCUCCUUACCUGCAACAUUGAAAUCAAAGUGUGAUGGAUCAGUUUGCUCCAGUUUAAAGAGUUGUAUGGAAAAUCCUUCCUCAGUGAACUGCACAGUAAUUUAUGGCACCAACAACUCUUUACCUGGAGUAUUAGCCGGAAAAUGUGAUGGAUCAACUUGUGCAGUUUUAAAGUCAGACUUGAGUACAGUUCAGACCUGUUUCAAAGAUCCAUCUGAUGUAGCAUGUACAGGAACUUACAGCACUGAAAACUCAUUGCCUGCUGUCAUAUCUGGAAAAUGUGAGGAAGAAACCUGUUCUGCUCUAAAUGCCAACCUUGCCACGGUUACAACCUGCCUUGUUAAUCCCACCGAAGAAGUGUGCAUAGGAGAUGGACUGCUUACUUGGGCUAAAUAUUUAAAACAGCCAAGUGUUCAAUGCGCUCUAGGAGUGAAAACUGGACCAUUGCCAUUUAUCAAGUCAUCCGAAAAAGCCGAACCCAACAGCUGCAGUGUCUUACCAUACUACUAUCGAGUUGUAUUUAACUCAUGUAUCGAAUCAGAACCACCAAAUGUCAUCAACCAAACUGUCUACCAAACAAGCUAUUUUCAUGUCUUCUUCUCAAAUCGGGUUGGACGAUCUGCUGAUUCCACAGAUGUUCAAAUAAACCAGGAUGGGUGGUAUCAGGUUGAGAUGUCCACCUUCAUGACAGUAUUAGAGGCUGGUUCCAAUUCUAGAAUCCAGGCUUUCAGGGUUUCUAAAAGAGACCCAUUAGAUGGAUGUGCAGACAUUUCUACUCAAACAUGUUCCAAUCUCAUAACUCAAGACACUAAGAACUCGGUCUAUGAGUCUGACGUUCUGAUUGAUGCCCCGUACAGAAGCGAAGGAGCAUUUCAAAUGUGUGCUGGUGACAAGAUUAUACUGAUCUUCAGCAAAGAUGGUGAUGAAACUGCUAUGAUUACAGAUUCUAACAAAUUAGAUCAAACAAUUUUAACUGUUACCAAACUAUGGUACACGCCUUAAAAAAGGAGACGUCUUGACUGUAAAAUUACAAUUCCUCUUUUGAAAAGGAAUGGUUCCAGAAUCUUGAAAAGACUCUUAAUUAUAAGUAUACAUUAUAUAUCUUUAUAUACAGGGUGUCCCACGAAACAUGACAGUAUGCAAGACGACUUGAAUGAUUUUUUAUAUAAUU